GACUUUUAUAAAUAUUAAUAGUGAAAUAACAAACAAGCAACAAUUUGGUAAAGUGAAUCUGUAAAUGAUUAUCUUGCAAAACCAACCUCAAACUCAGUGUUUACCUUGCAUUUUUGGAAACAAAAUAUAAACAAUAUCUGUAUAUCUUUAACAAUUACAUAAACAAAUUACUACAUCUUUAUGACUGAUUCUACACAACUCGGAAUAUUAAAGAGAAUGAACGAAGAGCGCCAACCUCUUCUACUGGGCGGUUCAGAUGCAGAGUCCAUCAACCAGGACCAUGUAUCAGUCCCACCGAGGCCUGAUAUUAGAUGUUCGCCAGAAAAUGCGCUCCUGGACGUGGUCACCGAUGAUUCUUCAAUCACACCUAUUAGUAGAUCCGGCAAAGACGUCGAAAAUCCUUUGCUCAAUCGAACAUUGGAACAUCCUACGUCCAAUUUGGAUACCAUGAUACAUUUACUUAAGGCGAAUAUUGGUACAGGAAUACUCGCCAUGCCUGAUGCGUUUAGGAACGCUGGCUUGGUAGUAGGCUUAUUCGGCACUUUGUUGAUGGGUUUCAUAUGUACACACUGUAUGCACAUUUUAGUGAGAUGUUCGCAUGAGCUUUGCAAUAGAUGCCAGGUUCCCGCUCUUGGUUUCUCUGAUGUCGUUUUUGUCGCUUUUCAAACUGGUCCCACUAAAAUGAGGCGAUAUGCUCAGUUUAUGAAAAUCCUUAUCAACGUUUUCCUUUGCAUAACACAGAUAGGAUUUUGCUGCGUCUACUUCUUAUUUGUUGCCGCCAAUCUUCAAGGCGUUAUAGCUCACUACUACAUAUUACUAGAUGUACACAUCUAUUUAAUUCUUCUACUUUUACCGAUGAUUUUUUUGAAUUGGGUUAAAAAUUUAAAAUACUUAACGCCUGUAUCUUUAUUUGCUGCGGUUUUGACUGUAAUUGGUUUGGCUGUGACAUUUUUCUAUAUGCUUCAAGAUUUACCUAGUACUUCCACAGUGGCUGCGUUCGCGAGUUGGCAACAAUUGCCUUUGUACUUUGGUACGGCAAUUUAUGCCUUUGAAGGAAUUGGCGUGAUUCUUCCUUUAGAAAAUAAUAUGCGAACACCACAAGAUUUUGGAGGUUUGACAGGCGUAUUGAACACAUCGAUGGUCAUAGUAGCUUGCCUUUAUACCGCAGUUGGUUAUUUCGGAUAUUUGAAAUAUGGUGAUGCCGUCAAACUCGGAAGCAUUACCCUUAAUUUGCCACCAAAUGAUAUAUUGGCACAAUCAGUUCGAGUUAUGAUGGCUUUGGCUAUUUUCUUGUCCUACGGUUUGCAGUUUUAUGUACCAAUGAAUAUUUUGUGGCCCAUGGUUAGCGAACGUUUGACCACCGAACGUCAUAAGCAAAUUGGAGAAUAUGUGCUCCGGACAGGACUAGUUAUUUUCACAUUUUUACUAGCAGCUAUCAUACCCAAUUUGGGUAUUGUGAUCUCUUUGGUUGGAGCUGUGAGCAGCUCUGCUUUAGCCAUUGUGUUUCCUUCGAUUAUCGAAAUUAUCACAUUCUGGCCACACAAUCUUGGAAAAUUCAAUUGGAUGCUAUGGAAAGACAUUGCUAUCAUCAUUUUUGGCCUAUUGGGUUUCGUAUUCGGCACGUACACGAGUGUGGCCAAAAUUUUCGAUCCGGAAAUUUAAAUCCUUAUAGUAAGUGAUGAUUUGAAUGAGAAUUUGAUAAUAAUAUUUAUUUUAAGAGG